AUGGAGAAACGAAACUUCUUCGAUUCAGCUGCAGACCGUGGGAGCCUGAAGCCUCGUCAAGGACACCAGAACAGUGUUUCAGGCACAACUGUUAAUUCUGCGAUUCUGUCCCUACUCCUCUUGUUUACCAUCUGCUUCCUGCUUAUCCCUAAUGAGGUAGAGGAAGCGUUGGAAGCCGUGAAGAACGCCACCAACGAACAAGACCUGGCAAACCGCUUCAAAGAAUUUGGAAAAGAGAUGGUGAAGCUUAACUACGUAGCUGCUAGAAGGCAACAGGAGCUGAAGGAUCCCCACUGUAGGGACGAAAUGGCCGCCGCUCGUGGGGCCUUGAAAAAAAACGCAACCAUGCUCUACACAGCUUCGCAAGCUUUCCUCCGCCACCCUGACGUCGCCGCCACCCGAGCCAACCGGGAUUAUGUCUUCAAGCAAGUCCAGGAAGCCAUUGCUGGCAUUUCCAAUGCAGCUCAGGCCACCUCGCCCACCGACGAGAACAAGGGCCACACCGGAAUCGGGGAGCUUGCGGCAGCCCUGAACGAGUUUGAU